GGGCUCUUCGAUGGGUUUUUUGGCUGUCUGAAAGAUGCCCCUCUUCCAUAUCCUCGCACAUCAGGUGGAAGCCCGGGGGACGCGCUGCCUGUCUCCCUCUCCCUGGCGGUGUCGCUGACGGCGCUUUUGGCCUUGGCGGUGUUGCUGGUGAACUGUGUGACCUGCUGCAAGGAAAGAGAGAUCAACUUCAAGGAGUUCGAGGACCACUUUGACGAUGAGAUCGACUUCACUCCACCGGCAGAGGACACGCCUUCUAUGCAGUCACCCGCCGAGGUGUACACCCUCGCUGUGUCCCCUGUGGCCCUGCCCGGGCCCCCCCACCUCCAACCUCCUGUCCGUAUCACAGAGGGAUCCACAGGCUUCCAGGUAGCACGUCACAGUCUCAGUUAUAUCCAGGAGAUUGGCAACGGCUGGUUCGGUCAGGUCCUUCUGAGUGAAAUCUACACUGAUCCAGGUGGAGCCCGGGUGGUGGUGAAAGAGUUAAAAGCUAAUGCAAGUGCCAAGGAGCAGAAUGACUUCCUGCAGCAGGGGGAUCCAUACAGAGUUCUGCAGCACCCAAACAUCCUCCAAUGCCUGGGACAGUGUGUUGAGGCCAUUCCCUUCUUACUCGUCUUUGAGUACUGCGAAAUGGGGGAUUUGCGGGGCUACCUAUCUCAGCAGGACUGGAUGUUCCAAAAUGCUGAGUUGCUGCAGCUGCAGAGGAUGGCCUGUGAAAUCGCUGCUGGCGUCACUCACCUUCACAAACACAACUUCCUGCACAGUGAUUUGGCUCUGAGGAACUGCUACCUGACUGGAGAUCUUACAGUCAAAGUGGGAGACUAUGGAAUUGGACCCUACAGAUACAAAGAGGAUUACAUCAUCACAGAGGAUGAUGUGUUUGCACCCCUCCGCUGGUUGGCUCCUGAGCUGGUGGGCGAGCGCCAUGGCGGCGUGAUUACGAUGGAGCAAACCAAGCCCAGCAACGUGUGGGCCUUGGGUGUCACAUUGUGGGAGCUCUUUGAGAGCGCUGCCCAGCCCUACCCACACCUUUCUGACCGGGAGGUUCUCAAUCAUGUGAUAAAGGAUCAACAAGUCAAACUCUUCAAGCCGCAGCUGGAGCUUCCUUAUUCUGACAGAUGGCACGAGGUCCUGCAGUUCUGCUGGCUCUCUCCAGACAAGCGGGCCACAGCAGAGGAAGUGCACCGUCUGCUCAUCUACCUGCGCAUGCAAGGCCAGAAGGACAUAGAAGAAGACUUUGAGCAACGCUGGGACGCCCUCAAGCCCAACCCGUCCACGCGGCAGACCACGGUCAGCCACUCGUCGUACCCGAUCCUGGAACAGUUUGCCGAUGACGCCCUGCGACAAGAGAUCGACGAAGUCCUCACGGUCACGGAAACCAGCAAAGGUCUCAGCUUCGAGUACGUUUGGGAGGCGGCCAAGCAUGACCACUACGAAGGCAGCCGCGGGCGCUCGGGCAUGGACACGACGCUGAACUACCACAGCAUGUUCUUUCCCGUUUCCAGUGAAGACAUCCAGGCCCAUUUCCCCGAUCCGGUUGGCAGAGCAGCAGGCUCAAAAAGUGGCAACACUCCUUCAGGAAUUCCUGGAAUUCUUCCAGUGUUUGAUGCACAAAAGCCAGCUACCGGAAAUGAAUAUUACAUACAACUAGAAGAGCAAGGGGAGAGGACAAUCGGGGAAGACAUGGACUUCAGCUCAGGCCGGCAAGACUUUGUUGUUCUCCAAGAUGUCCGUCUGGACGAGUCCAGUACCGAUGCUGAUUUCUUCCACCAAAGUAUUGACUCCAAGGAUUCAUAUUUACCAGACAGCCAUAUCUGGUCCUCUCUUGAAAAUGACAGUCCAUACCACACCAAUAUCUUCACCGACGGGGGGUCCAAGCAAGAUGACUCUCCUACCUGGAGGCGGAGUUUUAUGGAGCUUCCAGAGCACAAUGGCAAUCCUUUCCUCGAAGGUGGACCUCUAGAAGUCCAAGCGGUGGCUAUAGAUAAAAGCAAUGUUUUGGGGGAUUGUUCAGAAGCCCCGCGCCUGGCGGACUGUGGGGAGGUGGUGAGCACAGACCAGAAGAGGCUUCUGAACACUGAAAAACUAGCCGAGAACUUUAUGUUUCUCACGGACCGGAAUCUGAUGAAAGACGGACCGGGUUUCUCAAGUCCACAGGAGAAUUUCCUUUUUCCGGGACUGACUCAUGAACCAGAGGAACAGUUCAAAAUGAGUUCGUGGGAAAACAUGGAGAAUUUAGGCAGCUUAGUCUCAGCAGAGAAUUAUUUAAAACCCGUAGCGAGUAGCACAUCCUCCAGACAGGAACUUUUAGACUCUCCAAGUAACAGUUCGGGGGAAUUUUGUCUGUCUCUGACAGAAAAUACAACCCUGGUGCCUUUCAUCACAGUGGUCACAGAAGAGAACUCGAGCAACCAGCUGCCAGUUAGAAAUAGUUCUUCCACAGAAGACCUCGGUCUGCUGCAGCCCUCUCUCAGAGGUGCAGACUCCGGUUUUAGUUCUACCUCGGAGAGGUGUGAGGUCAUCGUCAGUCAAACCGAUGGCCACGCCCCCGCAAUCUCUGAAAGUGCCACCACGGACUCGUUGUGCACGGAUGCCAAAAUCCCCAGCCUUGAAGAAGACCUUGGAACCUCGAAGAAUAGCGUCAUAGGAAGUCAAAUGCCUGAGAACCUGCACGUCCACACGUUGUCCUCCGACAACGGACACAGUGAAGACCUCACAAGUAACGAUCUGUUGAGUGAGCUCAUCGAGGACGCCGACACGGAACUGGAAUCCACGUUGUCUGACCACGAAGAGUCCUUCAUGGACACUGAUGGGCACCCGACUGUCAGGUCGUCCCUGUUGGUAUCCGGGCCGUCUUUGGACCAGAUCAGCCAGGACAGUUUACUGGAAGACAGUAUGUCCACGACUCUACCAACCAUGGACAACUCCGCCGAGACGCCAGACUCUUUGGACUCUCUUGACAUCCACAGGCUGGGGGACCAAGGAGACGAGCUGAACGCUCAAAUAGCCCCACACAAACUCCAGCCCCCGUACAAAAUAUCGGACAGCGGCUACGAGACGGAGAACCUGGAGUCCCCUGAGUGGAACUCUCAGCCCAACGUUGAAGGACAGUCCCCUGUCAAAAACGGCCUCAGUGUUGCCAGAGAAGAAGAAGAGGAGGAGACCGAGGAGCUCACCGCCGCGACCAAUCUGGUUCCACCAGAAAUCAUCAUCUCCGAAGCAGGGGUUGGGCUGGAUACUCCGAGGGAGGGGCCCGGCGCCGGCGAGCAAGCAGGUGGCGCGGCUCCCGCCGAGGAGCCGUUUAUGGGCAGCAACUACCGAGACUCGGCCUACUUCUCGGACAACGAGUCGGAGCCAGAGAAGAAGGCCGAGGAAACGGCCGCCGGAGGUUCCGGCGAAGUGGCGUGGCCGGGGAGCUCCGGCAAGGGGAUCAGCGCGGCCGCUGCGGUCCCGCCGCCGGAGCGCGACCCGGAGGGGGGUGCCGACCCGUGGAUUUCUCAGCGGGAAUCUCCCGAGACGCGCAGCAGUGGAGAGGCGCCUCAUUUUGGAGGCGUGUCAUCGGAUGCCGCUUCGGAUAUCGCGGGCGGACGCCAGACGGAGUCUGCGAACCGUCACAAAGAAGAUUUACACGAUUCCGAGUCACUCGAGGACGUCGCACCUGCCGAUCGACAACAAUCAGAGGACCCAGAAACCUCAACCGGACUCCUUCCUCCGCUUCCCGCCGUCUCCCCUGCGGAGCCGGCGCCAGAGAGCUCGGGUCACGCCAAGCUCACCAGGACCUACGCCACCGACUGCCAUAAAAUAAGAGAGCCGGGCCUGGAGGGGCGCUUCCUGGGGAGACAGGAAGGACAGGAGGACGGCGGCGGUGACGCCGACGAGGAGGGCGCGAACAGCGACGACUCCGACGACGACGGCGACAACGUCCGGGGGUACCAGCUCCGCAGCUCCAGUUCGGAGAGCGAGGACGCCGAGGACGACGACGACGGCGCCGCCGUGCACACGGUGCCGCUCAUCGUCUCGGAUGACACCAGUGCGAAGAACCUCAAGAGCUUGUUGAAACCCGCCGCGCCCAACGUCCAGCCGCCGUCCUCGCCGUCUCCUGCCGGAGGCAAAGCAGACAAUGCCAGAAGAGCCGUGUCUUUCUUCGAUGAUGUCACCGUCUACCUGUUUGACCAGGAGACCCCCACUAAGGAACUGGGUGACCACUCCUCACACAACAAGGCUCCAGAGUUCAGCAGCCCGGUGUCCACAGCCGGCUACCUGAACCGCUUCACCAACUCCGAAAGCUCCACUGACGAAGAAGGUGGCGGUUUUGAGUGGGACGACGAUUUUUCCCCCGCGCCCGCCUUCCUGCCCAGGACGGACAAAGACCCCCUGUCAAAGGCCGCGUCCUCGUCCGCCGCGGCUCGCUUCGCCUCCUCGCCACCCGCGGCCGGCCGCGUGCCGGAGCCCAGCUGGAGCAACUCGUCGAACUACUCCCGUUUCUCCAUCUCCCCGGCCAGCCUCGCCAGCUUCUCCCUCACGCAUCUCACCGACUCCGACACCGAACAGGGAGGAAGCAGUGAAGACGGAGAAAAGGACUAGUGUGAUAUGUUAGCGUCCCGCUAUUGAACUCGCACUUUUUAACAAUCGAGAACAGCUGAACAAGGAGAAAUGGUUGGAGGGGCAAACCGGUGCUUCUCUCAGGCAGAACCGCUCUUUCUUUCCCUGCACAGAGACGCCCACAAGGCCCCCGCCGGAGCCCCCCCCGCCUCCCCACCUACAUCAGUGUGUCAUUUCAAUUCCGUGCAAUUCCACUUGGGGAGAAAAAAAAAGGUUUCUACAUGUUUGCUUUAAAGACUUUAUCAUGUGCAUUCCAGGUGUUUGGCUGCUUCUUUUUGUUGUGUCCACGUGCACUCAUUGUUUCAGGACUUUCACCAAAAAAAGAAAAGAAAAAUGAAAAAGAAAAAAGACUUCUUAUGCUCUGAAUUCAACACACUGGGCUGACAAAACUCACUACAGCCAAAUAGGAAUGAGCUCAGGCUUAUCCUCUCACUUUGUUGAUUUUGUUCCUUCGUGUUGUGCGAUUAUUUUCAGUGGAUGCCUCUUUCGGGAAGAAUGAUUUUUUUUUUCUUCUUUUUUUUCCGUAACCUCUCAUCAGGUGUUUUUAUGUGACUAUCUCCUAAUUGGAGAGAAGCUGCGUGUUGUAUCCCGCUGUACAGCAUUUGAAUAAGAAGGGUUUGAACUAAACUGAACUUAAAAAAGAAAAACCUCAUCUACACAGGUGACACGCUGAGUGUUCCUUUUUAUUUAGGUUUAAAAGGAACAUUUGCAGUAAGUAGUUUCAUAUUAUUGAGACAACCCCAGUAAGAACGUUUGUUAUCAGACAAGGAUUUACAUAUUAGUCUUUACUGAGUUGAUGAGGUAAAGCUAAAGACAAGUAAUUCAUUUUGUAAGGCUUAAUCGGAUGCUCUUAAAUGUGCCGGAAGGUGCUCGGAUGGGUUUUACUACGCGUCACUGAGGACAGCUGCAUUCCUCCUUCCACCAUCACUACAACUUCAAAAUCACACCUUUUUAGUGAGAUCCUGUAAAAAGUGAAAGAUUUUAUUUUUUAAAUGUGGGAAUGGAGAAAUAUUGAGUUGUUUGCACUUUUAAAAAAACAAAACCUAUACAAUGAUUGAGUCUUCAGUAGUGCAGGGACGCAAAGCUUCAACAAAAUCAUCACUUCUAGAACAAUAAACACUGCUGCGUUUAUCAGAUCAGUGUCAUGAACAGAGUCGUCUGCCUUUUUUAAAUUUAUUUUUUUAACAUUGUGUCAAACUUAAUUAACCUGUUCACGUCCUUUUCCGCAUUAAGCACCCAUCGUCCACCUGCAUUUUUUUUUUUCUUAUUUGCAGGCCGUUCAUCAUGUGCUGGUCUUCAUCAGUUUCUGUACAGAAGCAUAAAACAAAACUGUUGUGAAUCGAGAUAUGCUUCCCCUCCGAGGUGUCCAUGUACGGCUAUGAAGGCAGGUCUUUUAUGCUGUAGGUUACACGGCGACCGUGGUUCAAACACCUCGUAGAUUCUGUCCCAGACGACCUGCUGAACAGCGCUGCGUCCCCUGUGUUAGAUGAUGUCCAUCUCCCCAUACAGAAGACACUGUACCUUUUUAGAUGUUACCUCUGUUAAAACCAGCAGCCUCUGCUUCAGUUAAACUUGAACAUUUAUUUAAGGAAAUCCUUUAUUUGACGAUGGUAUACAUUGGCUUAAUCUUGCACUUUUGAGAGACGUAACUUAAUGUUGAACUGUUCUGAUGUAUGUAAAUGUAAAAAAAAAAUGUCUAAAUGGGAAAUGUUAACUUGAGGUUUCAUAUAACUUAAGAUGAGUUGAUCAGAGGAACAUAUCACGAUCAUUGGCUAAAAGCGGUUAAAUUAAAGACGAAAGCAGAUGUGAAUUCAUUCUGUCCUUUAAACUUGUAGAUUUAAAAAAAAUAUUUUUACUUCCUAUUUAUCAUGCUUAGUGUAAUUGAAUGAAAUGUUUCUAAUUCCAUUGUUUAUUAUGAAAAUAAAUGCAAAUGAACUUCUAA